AUGGGACAGCAACAGUCUGGCUUCGGAGGAAGAGGUAACGACCGGGGAUCCGGUGAUAACGAAAAGAAAGAAAAGAAGAAGUAUGAGGCUCCAAUUCCAUCAAGAAUCGGAAAAAAGAAGAAGGGAUCUAAAGGACCAGAUGCCGCAAGCAAAUUGCCAGCAGUUACCCCACACGCCAGAUGCCGUCUGAAGUUGUUGAAAAGUGAGAGAAUCAAGGAUUACUUGCUGAUGGAGCAGGAAUUCAUCCAAAACCAAGAGCGUCUGAAGCCACAAGAGGAGAGACAGGAGGAAGAACGUGCUAAGGUUGAUGAGCUUCGUGGAACUCCAAUGGCUGUUGGAUCAUUGGAAGAAAUUAUUGAUGAUCAACAUGCUAUUGUUUCUACUAACGUCGGAAGUGAGCAUUAUGUCAACAUCAUGUCAUUCGUAGACAAGGAACAGUUGGAACCAGGAUGCUCUGUACUUCUCAACCACAAAAAUCAUGCAGUUAUCGGAGUACUUUCCGAUGACACUGACCCAAUGGUAUCUGUUAUGAAACUCGAGAAAGCCCCACAGGAAACCUACGCAGAUGUUGGAGGACUCGAUCAACAAAUUCAAGAAAUCAAAGAAGCUGUUGAAUUGCCUCUUACCCAUCCUGAAUACUAUGAAGAAAUGGGUAUUCGGCCGCCAAAGGGAGUUAUCCUCUACGGUUGCCCUGGUACUGGAAAGACCCUUCUAGCGAAAGCCGUAGCGAAUCAAACAUCAGCAACUUUCCUCCGUAUUGUUGGAUCAGAGCUUAUCCAGAAAUACCUCGGAGACGGACCAAAAAUGGUUCGUGAGCUUUUCCGCGUCGCCGAGGAAAAUGCACCAUCAAUCGUCUUCAUCGACGAAAUCGACGCUGUUGGAACGAAGCGUUACGAUUCCAACUCUGGAGGAGAACGGGAAAUUCAACGUACCAUGCUUGAGCUUCUAAAUCAGCUAGACGGAUUCGACUCUCGUGGAGACGUGAAAGUGCUCAUGGCUACAAACCGUAUCGAGUCUCUCGACCCUGCAUUGAUCCGUCCAGGACGUAUUGAUCGUAAAAUCGAGUUCCCAUUGCCAGAUGAGAAAACCAAGCGCCGCAUCUUCCAGAUUCACACAUCACGCAUGACCCUUGGAGACGAUGUGAACCUCGAAGAAUUCAUCACUGCUAAGGAUGAGUUGAGUGGUGCUGACAUCAAGGCAAUGUGUACAGAAGCUGGUCUCCUGGCUCUCCGUGAACGUCGAAUGCGUGUGACCAUGGAGGAUUUCCAGAAGUCCAAAGAAAAUGUCCUUUACCGCAAGAAGGAAGGAGCCCCCGAAGAGCUCUACUUGUAA